UCAGAGCACUGACAAACAUAACAAUCAUAUCUUAUAAUUCUUAUUCUCAACGUUAAACUUUACAGAAUAACCAAACCUGUUCCAUUGUAAAGUAGCAUUCCCAGAAAUCAUUCAAGAUUCCCUUCUUUCCACAACUUCAUCAUCAACAUCAUCAUGUCCUUAAACGUCUUCACCUUUUUCCUCUUUGUCUUCUUCACACCCAUUACUUGAAACCCUCACAUCACAAUGCCCCUGUUUUGCUAAACUCAUGCAAUGAUCUUCCCACUGUGAAAAAAGCCCAUGCCUUUCUCAUUGUCUCUAAUGCAUUGGUGUGCAGUACCAAUUCCACUGCUUCAAAGAUCCUCACCUUGUAUGCACAGUUUCAUGACCUUGACAGUGUCCUUGGUGUGUUCAAAACAAUGUUAGAGGAUAAACCCAAUACAACAAUGUGGAAUUUGGUUAUAAGAUCCCACGUUGAUUUGGGACUAUUCCAUUCAGCUUUGUCAAUUUACAAAAAGAUGAGACAAAUGGGUGUUACUCAUGAUACUUUUACUUUUCCAAUAGUAAACCGAGCCUUAUCAUCCAUCAGGAUAGAUGCUGUGUAUGGAAAAAUGAUCCAUUGUGUCGCAGUUCAAAUGGGUUUGGAUGUGGAUUUGUAUUUUUGUAAUACCAUGAUUGAUGUUUAUGUGAAAUGUGGGUGCAUUGGUUACGCUCGCCAAUUGUUUGAUGUAAUGUUGUACAGAGAUGUGGUUUCAUUGACGCUGAUGAUUGCUGGAUAUAUUUAUGAGAGACAUGUUAGAGUGGCUUUUGAUUUGUUCAACAAGAUGAGGAUGGAAUUGGAACCGAAUUCGGUUACUCUUAUUGUAAUGUUGCAGCCAUGUUGUGCUUCCACAACAUUGAACAUGGGAACUCAAAUUCAUGGGUAUGCAGUGAAGAGUGGAUUACUAAUGGAUUGGACAGUGAAAAAUUCAGUUUUGAGAAUGUAUGCUAAUAAAGGGAGCGCUGAAGAAGUUGAACUUUUAUUUUGUGAAAUGAACAGAAUGGAUGUGGCUUCCUGGAAUAUUUUAAUUUCCUUUUAUUCCUCGGAAGGAGACACGAUGAGAGUGGCUGGUUUGUUCAACGAAAUGAAGAGCCUAGAAGUGCAUUUGUGGAACAUUGAGACCUUAACGCUAGUUAUAUCAGCAUUUGCAAAGUCUGGUAGUCUUUCUGAAGGUGAAGGAAUGCACUGCUUAGUCAUAAAAUCAGGGUCUUCUGAUGAUGUUUUGCUGACUUCUCUUCUUGACUUUUAUGCCAAGUGUGGGAAAUUGGAAAUAUCAGUUCAACUGUUAAGAGAAAUUCAUUUUAAAAGUAACAUCACUUGGGGUGCUAUGAUGUCAGGUUUCAUUCAAAAUGGUUCAUUUAUGGAGGCCAUAGUUUUAUUCCAACAAAUGCAAGCUGAAAAUCUUGAUAUUGUCCCUGAAAUUUGGAGAAAUCUACUUGAUGUAUAUGCGAACCUGGGAGUUCUGAAAUUGGGCAAAAUGGUCCAUGGUUAUCUUAUAAAGAACUUGUUCAAUGGACCUGUAGAAGGUACUGUACAACUGGAGACUUCUAUCUUAAACAUGUACAUAAGAGGUGGUAGCAUGUCUUCUGCUAGAGCAUGUUUUGAUAGGAUGCCUGUCAAAGAUGUUGUAGCAUGGACAACAAUGAUUGAGGGACUUGGCUCCCAUGGUUUUGGUUUUGAAUCCCUUACGUAUUUUAGUUUAAUGAUGGAACAAAAAGUGCAGCCGAACACCGUCACCUUCUUGAGCUUACUUUCUGCUUGUAGCCACUCUGGUCUUGUCAGUGAAGGCUGCAAUAUUUACUAUUCUAUGAAAUGGGGUUUUGGUAUUGAACCAGCUUUGGAUCACCAUACUUGCAUUGUGGAUCUUUUUGGUCGAUGCGGAAUGCUUAAAGAGGCCUUAGCCAUAAUAUUGAAAAUGAUAAUUCUACCUGAUAGCAAGAUUUGGGGUGCUCUUCUAUCAGCUUCCAGAGUUUAUGGAAAUAAAAAAUUUGGAGAAUAUGCAGCACAAAGACUUUUGGAACUAGAACCUGAUAAUGCAGGAUACUAUACUCUUUUGAGUAAUGUAAAAGCAAGUGUUGGAAGAUGGAAUGAGGUUGAAGAAUUAAGGAGAGUUAUGAGUAAAAUGGAUCUCAAGAAGAAACCAGGGUGGAGCUGCAUUGAGGUAAAAGGGGUCAUCCAUGGAUUUCUUUCUGGAGAUAUAUCACACCCUGAAGCAGAGGAGAUUUAUGAGGCAUUGGGUAGAUUGAGUAGAGUAACACAGGAUUUUGGAUAACAUGUUUUAAGCAGUUCUAAAGGGCAUUUAAAUCUACUUCUUGGCUCAUACCAGCACAUUCAAACCAGUGUCAGGCAAAGCACUGCAAAGCCAAAUCCUAGUUCUUCAGCGAAGAAAAUUGAACAAUUUGUGAUUGUUUCUGUCCUUUUUUUUCCAGUAGUUACUAGAAUAUAUCUUGAUAUUCGAUUUCAAUAUUAGUUCUCACCUGUUUCUAUUACUUCUAUCCAUGUAUUCUGAAUUUAGGAUUAACAAUUUGUUGCAGGAAAUCAUAUAUGGUUUCCUACAUGUCCUUCCCCCAUUUUUAAAUGA